GGAAUGUUUCUACCCGCGCGUUUUGCUCUCUUGAGCCUUCUAUUUUCGUUGUCCAACGGGCAGAGGAGAAAAUCUGGACAGGAUCGGCCGCAGGGCAGGACUUUGGGUCUAUUAACGCCUCUGUUACUAGGCGGUGGUCGUCCCCUCUUCGAUGUACCCCUGGCUGCAGGACCUGGAAUUGGAUCUUCAUCCGCCGCUGGAGGUGGAGGCACUCAAUCCGAUCCCCUGGAUUCCUAUUACGGCGGCAGUUAUCCCAGCUAUGGUUAUAGGCCCAACUAUGGAUAUGGCUAUCCCAGUUAUGGCUACAACUAUGGAUAUCCCGGCCUGGCUUAUGGCUAUGGCCAGAACUAUUACAGACCCAACUACUACAACUAUGCUGGCUACCAGAGACCGCAGCAGUAUUACGGCUACAGGCCCAAUUAUAGUUACUUAGGAGCAUCAGCGGGUUAUCCCUCGAAUGGAGGAUAUGGCAGUUCGGCUAGUAUAUCCAGUUCUCCCGCAUCAUCGGCAGUUGGAGUGGGAGCAGGAGCAGGUGCAAUACCUGGAGCUGGAGCUGGUACCUCACAGCUUUCCACUGCCCAGCAAGCUCAAUUGGCUGGAAUUUUGGGCCAGGCUUUGGGCAGCAGUCUACGCCCCCUGCUCGCGAAUGGGGGCGGGGCAGGUGGAGCAACUGGGGCAGGGGCUAAUCCUCAAGCGCUGAGCGGCCUACUCAGUCUGCUCGGUUAG